AAAAGAAAAAAGAAAAAAGAAAAAAGAAAAAAUCGGAUUCGCUCUGGUGGUUCCCACUCAGGCAUUGAUACAAACACUUGGCUUACGUCUUCUUCAAACAAUAGUCUGCAUUUAGAUCGACGAUUUGCAGAAGAGGCGGUGAAGAAAUUGAGAGGAUGAAGUACGUGCUGGUGACCGGAGGAGUGGUGAGCGGACUCGGCAAAGGAGUUACUGCCAGUAGUAUCGGCGUCGUGCUCAAAGCGUGCGGUCUACAAGUUACUUCCAUUAAAAUCGACCCGUAUUUAAACACCGAUGCUGGUACCAUGUCCCCCUUUGAGCAUGGAGAGGUUUUCGUACUUGAUGAUGGUGGAGAGGUUGAUUUAGAUUUGGGAAACUACGAGAGAUUUCUGGACUUGACACUGACCAAAGAUAAUAACAUAACUACCGGGAAGAUAUAUCAGUCUGUUCUUGAGAAGGAAAGAAGAGGGGACUACCUUGGGAAGACUGUUCAGGUUGUUCCACACAUUACAGACGCAAUUAAGGAUUGGAUUGCCUCAGUCUCUCUAAUUCCUGUUGAUGGAAAGGAAAGCCCGCCUGAUAUUUGUGUUAUUGAGUUGGGAGGGACUGUUGGUGACAUAGAAUCCAUGCCAUUUAUCGAGGCCUUGAGACAAUUAUCAUUUUCUGUUGGACAAGAAAAUUUCUGCCUCAUUCAUGUGAGCCUGAUUCCUGUUUUGGGUGUUGUUGGGGAGCAGAAAACAAAGCCAACCCAGCACAGUGUCCGAGAACUAAGAGCUUUGGGCUUGACCCCUCACCUUUUGGCAUGUCGCUCUGCUCAGCCAUUACUGGACACGACAAAGGCAAAACUAUCUCAAUUCUGCCAUGUGCCGGCUGCUAAUAUUCUGAAUAUCCAUGAUGUCCCAAACAUUUGGCAUAUUCCUCUUCUACUCCGGAACCAAAACGCGCAUCUCUCGAUUCUCAAACAAUUAAAUCUACUCAGCACUGCUUCACCACCUGCUCUGGAUAGCUGGACCAACAUGGCCGAGACUUUUGAUAAUCUAACAAAUUCAGUCAAAAUUGCGAUGGUUGGGAAGUACGUUGGCCUAACAGAUUCCUACCUAUCUGUUGUUAAGGCCCUUUUGCAUGCAUGCAUUGCAUGUUCAUUAAAGCCACAAGUAGAAUGGAUUGCAGCUUCAGAUCUUGAAGAUGAAAGCGAAAAAUCGACUCCAGAAGCACAUGCUGCUGCUUGGAAAACCUUGAAGAAUGCAGAGUGCAUCCUGGUUCCUGGUGGUUUUGGAGAUCGUGGUGUGAGUGGAAUGAUUUUAGCCGCAAAUUAUGCAAGAGAGAACAAUGUCCCUUAUCUAGGGAUUUGCUUGGGCAUGCAGAUAGCAAUAAUAGAGUUUGCUAGAUCUGUUUUGGGUCAGGAAAGAGCAAAUAGCACUGAAUUCGACUCUCAGACACCUGAUCCUGUUGUUAUAUUUAUGCCGGAAGGCUCAAGGACUCAUAUGGGAAGCACGAUGAGAUUAGGAUCUCGUCGGACACUCUUACAGACUCGCGACUGUCUCACUUCUAAAUUAUACGGUAAUACAGACUAUGUGGAUGAACGACAUCGCCAUCGUUACGAGGUGAACCCAGACGUGGUGAAGGUACUUGAAGAAGCAGGUCUAAAACUUGUAGGGAAGGAUGAAACCGGAAAACGAGUCGAGGUUAUGGAGCUUCCGACGCAUCCAUUCUAUGUCGGGGUGCAAUUUCAUCCGGAAUUCAAAUCCAGACCCACAAGGCCUUCACCUCCAUUUCUAGGGUUUAUAAUGGCUGCAACGGGGCAGCUAGAGGAGCAUUUGAGUAUUGACCAGAACGGUUCCCCUUCAAAGUCCUCUGUGCAUUUUGAACAGUAUAUCGGGAUUUUUGUCACAACGGUCGUCGUCGUAGCCGUAGGACACGGCGGCGGCGGCAUCAUCAUCAUCGUGGAAAUCGUAAUCAAAGUCGAUAUCGUGAGGGGAAAUGCAAGGGAGGAGGAACCUCAUGGAAGAGGGGCGGUGCAUCUUGACGUGGAAGAUUGGGGUUUCGUCGAAGGAAAGCUCCCUUUCUCCGUAACGGGAGAGAUAGUCAUCGCGACCACGAUGAUGAUGGUGGGACAAAGCUCUGAGAAACUUGGGGACUAAGCCACGAAGCUCAACCAACGUCCAUCUCUUGAAAACACCUCCCUUUCUCGCCCAUAGAAGUGCCAUCCUCAAUAUCCCCCAUGCCCUUUUGCUGCUGCC